CAUAGUAGUGAUGAUGAGCAUAGAAGAUGAUCUUAUUAUUUCACAGCAAUAUACUAAUCAAAGCAACUAACCAAUAUGAGUUCCCCUUUCUUUCAGCAUGCAGAUUGGGGCAUGUUGAAGGAGCCUAAUUCGGAUAUUUUGUUUGAAUCAUUUUCAAGCAAAGGAGUUGAUCAUGACCCUUUCCAUGAUUGUCUUUCCUUUGAUAUGAUUGAUAACUCAAGGGAUCCACAGGAAGAAAGUCAUCAUCAAGUGAUUGAAGAAGCUAUGAAAACAAAGAAGAAGUCUUAUAUUGGGGUAAGAAGAAGGCCAUGGGGAAGAUUUGCAGCGGAGAUCAGAGACACAACAAGGAAGGGUAUAAGGGUUUGGCUUGGAACGUUUGAUAGUGCUGAGGAAGCUGCAUUGGCUUAUGACCAGGCUGCAUUUUCCAUGAGAGGCUCUAGUGCAGUGCUGAAUUUUCCGGUCAAAAGGGUCAAAGAGUCUUUACAAGAGAUGAACUAUUCUGGUUGCAGCCGAGGGUGCUCUCCUGCAUUAGAACUCAAAGAGAGGCACAACAUAAGAAGAAAAUUGUCGUCAUCAUCAAAGGCUAAGACAAGUAAAAGGAAACAGGACUUGGAGGAAUCCAGUGUUGUGGUGCUGGAGGACUUAGGAGCUGAUUAUCUGGAGGCACUUCUUAGCACAUCGGCGGAUCAAAGUGCAACAAGCUCUACCUGCUAAAUAAACAGAAAUUCUAUGGUAUCUUAAUCUUAAAAAAUUACAGGAUUUUAAUCCUGUUAUUUGGAAACUCUUUUCUUUUGUAUCUUUUUCUUCUUAUUCGUCAAAAUCAAUAACAAGUAUCAGACAUUUACAAUCGCUUA